UCACCGCGAAGGGAGGAGCGACUGGAAGUGGGCGGAGUUUGAAUUCCCUAACCCAGAGGAGGCGAGGUCGACAGGGCAAAGGACUCAGGUGCAGGCUUCCCUAACGGACUAGUCUCGCACCUAAAGAAGAAAGAAAAUGGCCUGUGCCGAGUAUUCUUUUCAUGUGCCGAGUCUAGAGGAGCUUGCUGGAGUUCUACAGAAGGGACUAAAGGAUAACUUUGCUGACGUCCAGGUUUCUGUAGUUGAUUGCCCUGAUUUGACUAAAGAGCCAUUUACCUUUCCUGUGAAAGGCAUCUGUGGGAAAACUAGAAUUGCAGAAGUAGGAGGUGUGCCUUACUUAUUGCCUCUUGUAAAUAGAAACAAAGUCUAUGAUCUAAAUAAGAUUGCAAAAGAAAUCAAGCUUCCUGGAGCUUUUAUUCUUGGAGCGGGGGCAGGCCCAUUUCAGACUCUCGGGUUCAAUGCUGAGUUUAUGCCAAUUGUUCAAACAGAAAGUGAACACAAACCUCCUGUGAAUGGAAGUUACUUUGCCCGUGUUAACCCUGCAGAUGGAGGAUGCUUACUAGAGAAAUACAGUGAGAAAUAUCGUGAUUUUGGGUGUGCAUUACUGGCUAAUCUUUUUGCCAGUGAGGGCCAACAUGGAAAGGUCAUUGAGGUGAAAGCCAAAAGAAGAACUGGAAAACUUAACUUUGUGACUUGUAUGAGACAGACUCUUGAAAAACAUUAUGGAGAUAAGGCUGUAGGGAUGGGAGGUACUUUCGUAAUUCAGAAGGGAAAAGUGAAGACUCACAUUAUGCCUGCAGAAUUUCCUUCCUGCCCUUUGAACUCUGAGGAAAAGGUGAAUGAAUGGUUGAAUUUUUAUGAGAUGAAGGCUCCUUUGAUUUGUCUGCCAGUUUUUGUCUCCAAAGACCCAGGAUUUGAUUUGCGAUUGGAGCACACUCACUUUUUCAGUCAUCAUGGAGAAGGUGGACACUACCAUUAUGACAUUACCCCAGAUAUAGUAGAAUAUCUUGGCUACUUCUUACCUGCGGAGUUUCUUUAUCGCAUUGAUCAACCAGAAGAGACCCAUUCAUAUGGGCGAGAUUAAAUCAACUGAUCAGCAUUUAGAAAAAGAAGUGAUUAACUAAAGUUAAUUAAAUGAUUAACUCAUUAAUUGCUACAAAUAUAAAGUUCAAUAGAAAUGAUCUUACUACUUAAACCCUAUUUUUUUGGCCUUUGAAAUGAAAGGUAUGUUGACAUUACUCUGUUAUUUCAUAGAUCUGAAAAAGUUUCUUGGGAACAAAGAUAUAUAAUGGAGAUGUUCUUCAUUAUUUUUUUAUUCUAAAAAUCAGUCUUAUAUUUAUACCUUAAAUAUAAACAUGAUCUGGAAUCAUGUGAUUGGUUAAUUUUACUAACAGUAAUAAUUUACACUUAACAUUAUUAAUUUUUUCAAAUUAGUCUCACAACUGCUAAUUGGGUAUUUCUGGGUACUAGAAAAAUCAGUGUUGGAAAUUUUGAUAGUUGUUGAAUCUUUGUAUUGAAUUUUAAAAGUCUAUUUUAGGAGUCAGAGUACACUUUUUUCAUGGAAUAAGGUGAUCAGAAGGAGCAACUUUACCCCUUUUGGUGAAGUUGAACCAUACUCAGAGUUUGCAGUUUGCCUUGUACAAACAUUAGCAACUAGACAGUUAGCCAUGAUUCCUCUUUUGUUUGGAUCGCCAACUGGAAGCAGUUUGUACCUUAUUAGUUAUUUGGAAGAAGAAAGCGGGGAAAAGAAACAGCAUCAAAAUACAACACUGAAGUGAGUAUAAUUUCUAAGUGAGGCUGUUGUUACACAUGACCACUGUCCUUUGUGAAAUAUAAAAUUAUAUUUGAAUACAUUUGUUACUGGUUAUAAUGGUUGAAAUUUUCUUCAGUGUUCUUCUGUAAUAAUCAUUAGUAAGAAAUCAACUGUAAUCUUAUUAAUGCCAACAAUGUGCAGAUUUAGGAGCUCUUCAGUACUAAGCACAUAAUAAAUCAAAAAAUAUUA